AUGUCUGUUUUUCCUGCUCGAGAAUCGUUCGAGCAAAUUAUCGAUGGUAAACAGAUCUUGCUUUAUAUUUUAACGAAUUCGAAGAAUACUACUAAAGCGGCGAUUACUAACUAUGGUGGUCGAUUAAUUGGUUUUUACGUUCCAGAUAAAAACGGCCAGUUGAUCGAUAUUCUAGAAGGAUUUGAUAAUCUCGAUCAGUAUACGCAAGGAACUGAUAAUUACUUUGGCGCAUUGAUUGGACGAUACGGAAACCGAAUUGCUAAAGCGAAAUUUACACUCGAUGGAAAAAAAUAUCAAUUGAAUGCAAACAACGGCCCGAACAAUCUGCAUGGUGGUAACAAAGGUUUCUCGCGUCAAGUGUGGGAUGCUAAACAAACAGCAGACAAUUUGUUAGAUCUGACAUAUUUCUCGUCAGACGGCGAAGAAGGAUUUCCGGGUAAUCUGAACGUUAAAGUGACAUACGAGAUUACUGAUGCAAACGAGUUAAAAAUCAAUUAUAGAGCAACAACGGAUAAGAAAACAGUUAUUAAUCUCACAAAUCAUGCUUAUUUUAACUUGAAUGGACAAGGAAGCGGAACAAUCGUUAAUCAUUAUCUGCGACUAAAUGCUGAUUACUAUACACCUGUUGACUCAACAUUGAUUCCACAAAACAGUAAACAUGCCUCAGUAACAAAUACUCCAUUCGAUUUUCGAAAUUUAACAAAAAUAGGUUAUCUUAUGGAACUAGGGCAAUCGACAAACAACGAACAACUAUUGUUCGGUCAAGGAUAUGAUCACAACUUUGUUUUGAACGAAGGUAACUCUUCUGCUACUGUCAUAGGAGAUCUAUCAGGUAUUCAAAUGGAUAUCUAUACUCAAGAACCUGGUCUUCAAUUUUAUAGUGGAAAUUUUCUGGAUGGAUCGAACAGAGUUAAAAAUGGAAAAACAGACAAUUAUCAAACCUCAUUCUGUCUAGAAACACAACAUUUUCCUGAUUCACCCAAUCAACCAUCGUUUCCUUCGACAACAUUAGACUCUGGCGAAGUAUAUAAAACAAGUACCAUUUAUAAGUUUUCUGUACAACACGAAUAA